UUUGGUUCUCGGACCUAGUUUGGAAGGUGGUCACCACACGUCAGAAGGGGAGAAAGGGAACGCUGUGACGAUCCAUGGAGACUUGGUCGCGUGUGUCUCCGCCAUAUGCAUGUGCAUCUAUCUCCUCAUCGGGAAGCGCAUGGUAUCCUGGUGUCCACUCUUUCUCUACACGACACCUGUUGUCUUUUUCUCGGCGUUUACUUGUGCGUGUCUUUCUGCUGUGGCGGGUGAAGAUAUCACAUUUUUCGCUGCUGGUGCAGAAUCAGGAUCAGGAGCAGCCAGCAAGAACACAGCAAGAGCUGCUUUUGUUAUGGAUCAUACUCAGAGGACUAGGACACUUAAUAUGCGUUCUGUAAAGUCGUGUAGGGCAUGAUUUGCGUCCGACAAUUAGAACUAGAGCGGAAUUCCUUGAUGAGAAAAGUGCUUCAUUUCGAGAUGAUACAAAUAUUCAUAUUGAUGAAAGAACUUCCUAUGUUACGCUUACACUAGUAGACUGACAUUGUCCCCACAAAAAUGUUGACGGUUGCACCAACAACCAACGAUUUCCAGCUUCAUCUAUCGCUUUUUCCAAGACUCCGACUAUUUUUUCGCCGCUUUGUAUCUCGGAGCCGCCGCGGGAGUGGGUGGACACACUGUCUUGAACUAUGUCUUGGGCUACUUGUCUCCCAUGGUCGUUUCGACAGCUCUAUUGAUGGAACCGGUGCUGGGCACUGCUAUUGGUGUCGUGCUAGAAGUGACAAGUCCAAAAGUUGCGGAAUGGGCAGCAGCGACACUGGCAGGGGUUCCAAUUCUACUUGCUGGCCUCGUUCUCCUAGUCAAGUCCGAAAAGCCGUAGAGGGUCUAGAGGCUAGUAGCACCACAUGGUACACCAUGAACAUGAUGAAGCUGUGGCGGGAGUGGCCCUGGUGAUGUCCGAAGCCGAUGUGCAGUAAUCGUCUGAGAAGCAGCUGAGGCUCAAACUCUAGAAGGUAGUUAGUAGCUCGUGUAACAUCUACUUAGUAGUACUAGAGCCUUUCGGUCCAAAGCGUUCUUAACACCAAAGCAGACACCUACCUGCUCCAGUAGCGCAAACAACGACCACAGGAGCACUCUUCUAAGAGUAGAGGUUUUAUCAGUCAGCUGUAGACUUGUCGGAGGUCGGACGAAUACCGCAAUAAGGGUCAGGCCGAAAUGAGCUACAGCCUUUCAUUUCGCCAGUGGUACCCCUCGUAAGUUUAAUGAUCUGCAUCGAACGGCUGCAUUAUAAUGUGCGUGGAUGAAGCACAAGAGCGACCAGAGCGGCGCAAGCUGGUGUAGGCAGUUACUAGGGGGAUAUUAUGCGACAAUGCCAGAGCCAGACGAAAGCAAUGCGACCAGAUAGAAGCUUCACUAGUGCAAGCACGAAAAUCGGUUAACAGUGACUCUCGCUGGUUAUAUCCGCUAUCUCGUUCACUGCAGAGGCUGGCAUCAAAGAGACAGCGCUCGAGUGGAGCUGAGCUUCUAUCUAUGAGAGUGCGAAGAAUUAUAGUGCUGACGUUCUCGAAGGAAAGGGCUUUCCAAUUCACAAUUGUUUGCACACUUCGUACUUCCCUCGUCGUGUUUUUUUUGUUCGACAAGUAAAGAUUAAUAUUCUGAGACAGGAAAUCAUACGAAAAGUUGAAACGGACACUACUCCUCAUCAAGGAGAUCGAUAAACGUGAAGCAAUAGAAUACAACUUGUUCUACCAAUAGCAAUGAAUUAUACUAGAGUCGAUUCUACUUCACGUUCUCCUUCCUUUAGAAGUGAGGGCGAUCAAGAGUGGUUUUGAAUAUGUAGAGCGGAUGAC